GAAAAGCAGAAGGCAGCCGUGUCUACCAGGAAUAGCCUGCUUGUUGCAUUGUGUUUCCCACCCUGCUGCCUCCCCGCCUCUUCCCUUGCAAAAGGAAAGGGAGAAACGACGUCUCAGUUGUGGAGAUACCUGACCAAAAACAUCUCUCGUCUGUUGGCGUGUCAGAUCUGGUUGUUUGCUUACAGCCUUUGACCCUAUCAUGGCCUCCAGUCUAAAUGCCAUCUUCCUUCUUCUCUGGCUCCUUCAGCGUGGAGGACGGCAGGUUGCAGGACAGAAGGUCUCAGUAAAACAAACCCCCCUGAUCCAGGUCGCUUUUGCCAAUGAAAAUGUAUCUAUGAAGUGCCUGGUCAGCUACCCCUACAUGAAGGAAUACACCACCUUCACAAUCUAUUAUUACUGGGUGAACUCAGAAGGCAAGAGAGUCACCAUCAAAAAUUGUUCCGUAUCUGAAGCAAUCCCCACUGGACAGAUGAACCAGACAACAGAGAAGGAUUACCCACAUACAAUUGGGCCAUCAGAAAACCCCCCUGCUACUGGCACCUACUACUGCGAGGCCAGGUGGAAAAGCACAACAGAAAAAGGAAAUGGGGUAUUCAUCCUUGUUAGAGACACAGGGUACAGAGAGCCCUCCCCGGGCACAUGGAAAUUUCUCAUCGCUCUUACCACUAUCCUCACCAUACUGAGCAUCACUGGAACAGCUCUGCUGCUGUGGAAGAGAAAGUACAAGAUUCAUGCAAACAUUUAUUUCACAUUUUGGAAUGUCGUGUGUUUACAACAGACCUGUCAUUUAGUGUCUUGUCCUAAGUUGGCGGUGUGUCCUGGGAGAUGCCCAGAUGUCCUCCAGAGGUGCCCAGACCUAAGCACAGGAGCCCAAGCCCCUUCAGGAAGCUCAGAACCAUCUGGCUCCAUCUACACUUGCCUAGAAUCCCACCAAGCUGAGGUCUAUUCUGUCCUUGAGGAUAACACGAACAGCUUGUCGCUUGAGAAGAAUCCCACUGCUACACUUCAAGACAUGAACAUCUCGCAGCCAGACAAGACUGAAGAUAGAAAUGAAGACCGUGGGAAAACAGAGAAGAAGAAAAAGAAGAAGAAAGAAAAGAAAUCUCAGCAAGAAACUCUGGAAGAACCCUUUGAUACCCUGUAUGAGAAUAUCUAAGGGGAAAGACUGAUCGUGCUUGGACUAUACAUCUCUGAGUAUGAGGGAACUGCCCCUCACAUCUUUAGUAUCCAUCUGAAUUCUCCAGAGACUCAUGACACACUUAUGGCAGAGCCCCACCCUAGUCUCUUUCUAAUCUGUCCUUUAUGGACCUCAGAAUUCCUCUGUUCUGAUCUCAGGGUGGCCCAGGCUGCAUGGGUGCUCCUGCAGAGGAUAUUGCUUUCAAUUAUUUAUAAGUCUGACUUUUAGCGAUCGUUUUAGUCAGGAACUGUGCAAGUUUCCCUCACCCAGCUAUGGCGAUGCAUUUGAGUCUUGAUCUAUAGCACUUGUUGUACAAUACAGGGACCCCACUACUUUUUUUGACAGUGCACCUCAAUCCUGAUUUGCAGCCCAUGCUAUCCCACUCCUAGCUCUCUCCUGUCAUGCCAAUAUGAACUUGAUAUAUGUCUAAUGAGGACCUGAUUGGGAGCCACGGACCCCUGUCGCCGCGUUCCCUUUCUCAACAACUUCAAGCUGAAACAUGCUGAUGCGUAAAGCAAACUGACCUGCUAGCCCUGUACUGUAACUGCAGAUGUACAGUACAGCCCUGUGCUGCUCCAAAACAGUCUGUCGGAUUCAGCUCUGCAGGGUGAAUAUUUUCCUUUGAAUGCAACCAGCGGAAUAGGGUGGGGAGAGGCAGCAAGAAAAGAGAUGCGGAAAAUGAAGCAGGUGUCUUCCCUGCCUGUGGACAUGUCUCAUUGGUGAUGUUCCUCCCAUGAUAAACUAUUUGGAGACAGGGCUUGCGAGAGCAGCUGCCCUGCUGGAGUCUAUCCUGUUUAUAACCCUGUCCCAGGCUGAUGUCCCUUCCAGGAAGGGUGUUCAGAGGGAGAGUUAACAUUCUUCUUUUUAAUAGCAACAAAGAGUCCGUUAUAGACUAACAAAUGUAUUGGAGCAUAAGCUUUCGUGGGUGAAUACCCACUUCGUCCGACGCACGUUUUUAAUAGGUAUUGUUACAUAGUGUGAUUGGUUUUUUAAGCUUUGGUGUGGGCAGAUGUAAUAUCUUGGGGAGAAAUGUUCAUCCCAUUGAAGUCAGUAGGAGUUUUGCCAUUUAUUUCAGUGGAGCCAGGAUAUCACUCCUGGUGUUUAGGGUGGUAUUUUAAAAAAUGCAGCUAAACCAGUUUAUCAGACUCACAAUAUAUGGAGUAGAGGCCCUGUGUGUGAAUUUUCCAUCCAAGCUCUUAUCCUUGCUAUCACAUGGAUCUAGCUCAGGGGUGGCCAUCCUGAGCCUGAGAAGAAGCCAGAAUUUACCAAUGUACAUUGCCGAAGAGCCACAGUAAUAUGUCAGCAGCCCCCCAUCAACUUCCCCCACUCCAGCCUCUAGCGCCUCCCCCUCUGCCCCAUGCCUCCCGCCUGCUGUGAUCAGCUGUUUUGCAUGUGCAGGAGGCUCUGAGAGGUAGGGGGGAUGAGGGGAGCA